AUGACCACUCUACGCACUCUCAUGUUUUGGCACCUCUGUCUACUCACCGCAUGUGCAGCCCAGAGUAGUAUACGAAGUGCGACCUCUAUUUUCUCUUUAAGUGCAUCGUCGACUCUACCUGAGUCAAGUCCUUCGAGUUUUAUUCCGUCGAUGCCGACGGUUACGUCUGCUCCUGCUACUGUGGUUACUUCGUUCCCCGGUUCCCUGAGUACAACCACCACAGUGAUACCGACGAGUGCUCCCUUUAUCCCGAUCGGUUCUAUCCCGCGUACUUAUAAAAAUGAAACUCUCGAUGAGCUCUGGAAUCUCGCUGGUGAAGUUGAAGACCCGCCGUUCACUACCACAGUCGAAGCAGAAGUACCAGUUACUCUACCCGCCUCAGCUCCUCCCGUAUACCCGACGUGGUAUGCAGUUACUCCCGAGAAGGUGCUUCCGGACCUCAAGCUUCCAAAGAACUUCAAAUUCGGGGUCGUGACUGCAGCUUACCAAGUCGAAGGUGCUGUUAAGCUGGAAGGCAAAGGACCUACCAAUUGGGAUUGGGCUCAACGCCAACCCGGUUUUGUCAUUGACGAUACUAACGGGGAUAUCACGGACCUCCAAUACCUGCUUUACAAGAAUGAUACGGCUCGUACGGCUGCUCUUGGAUUCAAAUGCCCACUCAUUCUCGAUCUCGUGGGCACGAAUCUUCCCGUUCGGGACGAGAGACUCACCCGUGAACCAGCAGGGUUUGAAUCACUAUUCCGAUUGCUCACUGACAGCUAUUCUCCUCAUUCAGAUCAUUGGGACAUGCCACUCGCUCUAAGUGCCUACUAUGGUGGUAUGACUUCUGAAGAGUUCGUGGGCGACUUUGUAAAAGAUUUUGCAACCAGCUAUGCGACGACUGUAUUUAAGGCAUAUAAUGGCCGAGUAAAACAAUGGUAUACGUUCAACGAACCUCAUGUUAUCUGUUCCCAGAUACUCGAAUAUCCGUUCAAUACAACAUUGUCGCCAAACGUAACGCUUGGUAAUGCUAUGUACCAUUGUGCCUAUUAUCUAUUAAAGGCACAUGCGGGAGCGGUGAAAGCAUUUCGAGAAAUGGGAAUAGAAGGCGAAAUCGCUUUCAAGAAUGACGGCUUUGUAGGCAAGCCAUGGCAAACUAACACGACAGAGGAUUUCGAAGCUGUGGAGCGCAAUGCGGCGUUUUACGUUGGAAUGUUUAGCUCGGCAGACUUCUUCGCGAUUGACCUAUAUCGAGGUGUUUGGAUCGCAGCACCAGAGAACGAAAUAUCAGCUUGCGCCGCGAACUCAAGUGACCCUAAUUGGCCUACAUGUAACGUACAAGUGUAUUAUGAUUCUGCGACGGGAUGGCCUAUAGGAUAUGUCCCAGAACCAACGCAGAACUGGCUUUUCGCGACACCGCAAAAUCUCAGAUAUGAGUUGAAAGAGCUCAAGAAGCGUUGGCCGUACGAUAAAAUCUAUAUCUCCGAGUUUGGCUUUCCGCAGGCGGAGGAGGGUAUUCGCACGGACCUUGCUUACAUCCUUGACGACGCUGAUCGAACAAAUUUCUACAUGACCUAUCUUGGCGAAUUUCUUCUAGCUAUCCACGAGGACAACAUUCCUCUCGCAGGAACAUUCGCUUGGGCGAUGGUUGACACAUUGGAAUGGAACGCUGGAACAAGCACACGAUUUGGUAUCCAGAAUGUUAAUUACACGACACUGGAGCGGCACUUCAAACGCUCUGCACUUGCACUUUUCCUGAUGACACAGAAUGCUCAAACCGCAGAGAAAAGCAGGUUCCAACUGACUUCGGCAGAGCAGGAACGUGACUGA